AUGAGCGACGGCCUCAUGAUACUCCAAGGAACAUUCAGCAACAAGUUUUUACCAAAGCAGCAACUAGUCGUCGGUCCGUUGGUUAUCUACUACAUAAUGCAGUUGCCGCGGACAUUCUUGCUCUUUGGUUGCUGCUUUCUGACAUUGACACUUGUGGCCGGUCAAAAAGAGCCAAUCUUCGACCUUCCAGUGCAAUUGAUUGGGUUUCCGGUAAUUAUAGCAAGCGUAAGAAUCACCAACUUCCUCAAGAAGCUCGCUUAUGCUUUGAGUCCAGAUACUUAUGUCAGUCGAGUGAAACGAGCACAUCCUUUGAUACACGACGAAGAGAUCUUAGAUGUCAGCCAAGUCGAAAAGAAGCUAGUAGCUGAGCUCGGAAAUAACGUUUGCAUCUACGAGAGAAUUUGUGUCAAGUACGCGGAACAAACCCUUCAAAGAAGAAGCUGGGAACGCGUUCUUAAUUGGAACGAGAUAUUCAGGGAGUACAAGUCGUCGUCCAACCCGAUGAAAGAGAAUUACUUACUGAGCGUCUUUAUGGGCGACAUUAUUGGCAGUCCGAAGCUAUGUCACUUAUUGGCGAAGAGAGGAAGAGCCUGCGAUAAUGCCACCUUGUCAGAUUAG